AUGGUCUGCAACGACAGGGCCCGUCGGCAAGGCAGUUUAGAAGGCAAAGCGGCAAUCCCGCUGCAGCUCGCCAUUUUCGUUUCAUUCUUCACCAUACUUCACGGCCUGGCGCAUGGCGGCAUCGGCUUCUUCGGUGGUUUGGAUGCCAAGUUCCUCGACACUUUGCGGCCGCAGCAUGCAUCACCACCCGUGGCGAUGGCAGUGCUGCUGGGCAUCAGCAGCUUUUUGGCGAUCGGGCCCUUCGUAGGAUAUGUGCACGGGAUCCCUGUCAGCCUUUGCAUGCUCUUUCACGGCACGUCCAUGUUGCUCUUCGUGCUUUACGUCCCCCUCCAGUUCGCCUUUGGCGCAGUUCAACUUGUGUUGAACUUGUGGAUUUGCCUCCCCCGGUUGAUCCUCAUCAACCCCCAGGCGCCGCAGCGGCUCUGUGAUGGAUGGCCGGUGAUCAGCAUAGGCGUCUUGCUGCUGAUGCCGGUUGUUUUCUCAGAGAUGCUGCUCUGCGACCACGGCGUCGCAACCCUUGGAGGUCACGCGCUUUACGACAGCUCUUUGCUGCUGCUGACUGCCACCUAUUCCUUGAGCAUCAAGAUGUUAGUCCUGGACGAGGCGGAUGAGAUGCUGAACCGAGGCUUCAAGGAGCAGGUCUAUGAUAUCUACCGAUACCUACCUCCUUCAACACAGGUGGUUUUGGUGUCUGCCACCAUGCCCCAUGAAGUGCUUGAGAUGACACACAAGUUCAUGAACAAUCCAUUCAGAGUCUUGGUGAAGCGAGAUGAGCUGACCUUGGAAGGUAUUAAGCAGUUCUUCGUGGCCGUGGAGCGAGAGCAAUGGAAGUUCGAUACCUUGUGUGACCUCUACGACACUUUGACCAUCACGCAGGCGGUGAUCUUCUGCAACACCAAGCAGAAGGUGGACUGGUUGACGCAGAAGAUGAGAGAUGCCAACUUUACCGUGGCCUCCAUCCAUGGCGACAUGCCUCAGAAAGAGCGUGACGCCAUUAUGCAGCAGUUCCGAAGUGGCACCAGCCGCGUCUUGAUCUCCACGGACUUGUGGGGUCGUGGUUUGGAUGUGCAGCAGGUGUCUUUGGUGAUUUGCUAUGACCUUCCCAACAACCGAGAGCUCUACAUCCACCGCAUCGGACGCUCUGGGCGUUUUGGUCGAAAGGGCGUCGCCAUCAACUUCGUGAAGAACGACGACAUCCGAAUCCUCCGUGAUAUCGAGCAGUUCUAUUCCACACAGAUUGAUGAGAUGCCCAUGAACGUGGCCGACCUCAUCUGA